AUGUUCAUAUUUACUAAACGUCUUUAUUCAUCUUACCAUCCACCAAGCCGUCAGCUGGUUUCUGCAAUGUGGCGAGAGAGCAUACACAGAUGGCUGGUCAAACAGUUUUUGGCCAGUCCGAGGUUCCACCAGGUCGUCCGAAUGUUAAAUGGUGAGGGAUACACGGCGGCCCAUGCCCCGGAUUUGGCGGCAAUGCUGAGACUGAAGCACCAGCAAAAGCUGAUUCGAAAACGCAAGAGGGACAAGUUUUGGCAGUUUUUCAAAGAGGAAUUGUGGCACGAGAUUGUUCCUCGGAAAAAGUGA